ACGUAUCACUCGAGCUUCCGAUUGCAACACAAACAUACGGAUGCAAUAAGACGUCACGCUUCUUCUAAAUGUACCACUCGGUGCAGCGCCGAUAAUCGUGGUAUCACGUGGCCAGCGUUAUACAUAUCUCAUUUUGUCAUCGUCAUUCUGUUGUCAUUACUGUCGAUCACAGUGACAAUGCCCGCGCAACUCAGCAAGUUAUCGAUCGACGCAGCCUGCAUGGAUUUCGCACACCCAUGGACAGACUCGUGCGUUAGCGCGACCGCUGGUCUUGGUUUGCACACUUUGCAGGAAUCCUUCAAGAUAUACGCGACUGUUUACAUAAUUGCAUUUUUAAUGAAAAGAAAGAUACCAUCGAAAAGAGAUAUUCAGCAAACUAUAUUAGGUAUUCUCCAAUCUACAGCCUUUCUUUCAUGGAGUGGUUUUUCUUAUUCAUUAUUUAUUUGUUUAUUAAGGCGAAUAUUGGGACGUUUCUACUUGCCGACUGUAUCUUUCCUUCCAUCCUUUUUGUCUAGCUUAUCUGGUAUUGUGAUAGAAAGAGCUUCUAGGCGUACAUUAUUGUGUCUCUAUGUGUCCAAUAUUGCAACAGAGACACUGUUCAGAAUGGGUGUAUGGAGAGGAUAUUUUUCACCUAUUCCAAAAGGAGAGGUCUAUAUAUUUGCUGUAAGCGUAGCUGUGUUAUUGUACUUUUUCCGUUCAAAAAUAAAUAAGCAGGAUCAAAUAUAUAAAAUACUUAGGAUAAUUGUUGGACAAUACGAAGAGGCUGAAUAUUGUACAAAGAAAAAUUUUGAAACAUCUUCAAAAAAUACCGAAACUGUCGACGCACAGAAUGACAGAAAUAUACAACGAAGUAGUUCUCAAAAAUAUAUAUUUAAUAUUCUACGAAAAUCUUUUGAGACAUACAAAUAUAUCAUUAACAUCUUGAAAACGCAGAGUAAACAUGCCACGUGUCCACAUCCUUAUAGCUGUGCACACUAUAUUUUAAUGGAUAGUGCAAGAAUUUUCAGUUAUGGUGUUUGCGGCCAAAUAGCACUUAAACUAAUCUUCCAAUUUAAAAGAUUACUUCAGAAACCAAAGUUACUAAAAACCACCAUUUUUCAAAGAGGAAAUCUAAACCUGGCUAUAUUCCUCGGAGGGUUUGCUGGUCUUUACAGGCUAACGUCAUGCUUAUUGAGAAGAGUCUUUCAUAAAGAUUCACACACUUUUGCUAUUCCUGCUGGACUUGUCGCAAGCAUAACAUUUAUGGCAUAUCCCAACACUACUGUGGCCUUAUAUUUCAUGUGGAAAGCAUUGCAGCUAUUAUGGAAUGAUGGGGUAGAAAAUGAAAAACUACCAGAAAUAAAAUGGUUCGUGAUUUUUUUAUAUUGCUUUAGUACAGCCACUCUCUUUCAUGCAGCUAUAAUAGAACCACAAAACUUGAGAUCAUCUUAUUGGAGGUUCCUUUACACUAUGUCAGGUGGAAGAAUAGCGGCGAUGUCUCGGCUACCUUUAAAUAUGUUUGGUUUAGAAACCAGCAAGAAUUUACAAGAAGUGCUCAGAAAAACAAAGACAACAGAUCAAAUUAAUUAUUCUUUCUAAAGUGCUCAGGACAACAACAAAUGACAAUAUAAAUAUAUAUCUUAGUUUUUAUUUUUUUUUUUUUUAAAUAUAAUUUUCUAGAACCAAAGAAAACAGAAAGAGAGAGAAAGAGAUACAGGUACAGAAUCAGCAUAUGCACACUGUAUUAUUUGAAUUUACAACUAUAAUUGCGCGUAUAAAAAUGUAAAAAUCUAAUUCUGAUGCAAUAAGUUGUGAAAUGAAAUGUAUCUCUUAGCACAAUUUUUAAAUAAUAUAUUUUUUUUAAUCUAAUAUAAAUAAUGGUGCUUGGAUGUUGUGAUACUAAAGGAACUUAAUACUUUAUAUAUAAGAAGAGAAAAACUAUACAACUUAAUAUAUUUAAAUGUAUAUGUGGUAAUUAAGUCAAGAAAAUAAGUGAAUGAUAUAUUUAUGAGUGGGUGUGACAUAUGUAUCUAAACAUAAAUGUGUUCGAAUGUGUAGUGAGAAACUUUCUCCUAUAUUUCUGCAAUAUAUUAUAAAAUAAUUAUUUUUUGUCAUUUAAAUUGUAAACUUGAUAUUUAUCAUUUAUAAUGUAAGCAUAUACCAGAAAGGGAUGGAUUUAUUUUUUAAUCAAUUUUAUUAUAAAUACAUUAACUUAUUUGUUGAAAAUGCAAGUAAUUUGUGAUAAAUUAUAUAAUAUUCUAUUAUAAAAUGUCUACGCGUUCACAUUGUCUAUUUUUUUUGCUAUUUCUAAUGCUCUAUUCAUUAUAGCGUCCGUGAUACUCUUAUCGCGUUUUCUCUCUAUUCUCUUCUUUUUUCGCAAUAUGUUUUCCCAUUUGAUACGACUUUGCAUUCUUAAACUUUUACGAUUUAUAAUGCCAGCGAUUAUUUGCGAAUCCAAAAUUGAAACUGAAUGUUUUGAGGGAUUUAGUUUGAGUGGUUCCAAACUCUUUAACGAAUCCAUCUGCCACGGCAAUAAUCCAAUGGGGCACUCGAUCCAUUGAUCAGAGAAAAUAGUAUCUAGUAAAAUCAAGAAAAUAUUUAAUAUUAUUGAUCUUUCACAUUAAUUUAUAAAAAAAACUUGAUUGAAUAUAAACGCACCAGAUGCUUGCUUCCAAUGUAAAUUGCGGAUUAUCUGAUCGGUUAAUAAAUAAGCAGUUUUCUUUUUAA